UUAAUUGUUUAUAUUCGAUUUAUUUUUAUUUACGCGACGUCAUACUGUACGCGUACGUACGAAAUACGACUCGAUUCGAUGCUGUUACAUAAAAUAGCAUGUGCCAUGUCAUGCGGUAUCAGAAGUAACGAGUAACGAUACGAAAGUAACGAGUACUAAUUGUUAUAGUAACGAAUACAUACGGGUACACAUUUUUUCGUUACUUUUACACCUCUAAUAACUACUACUAGAGCCAGAAGAAUAUUAUCAUCGUCGGAAUCAUCACUCGAAUCCCAUGGCAUGCAUGUCUCCGAUAUUGCGAACUAGACUUAUAUCUGGCGCAGCGAUCAUAGACAUCAUCGCGAACACUGGGAACAUAGUGUAGCUUUCUUUGUGGCCUCGCCUUAACAGUCCAUUCAUGAGCAUGGUAUGCCUCUUCAGUUUACUAAAUGGGAGGCUCACACUUCAUUGAAUGGUUUUAGGUCGCCCAAUAAAAUCGCCCAUUGUUUUUCCCUCAGAGUCUCUUGGGGGCGUAUACACAUAGGUACCUACUAUAAAAUAAUUAAGUGGGAUGGGAAGCAUGGGCGACUUCUUGCCCUAUCCAAAAUUUUGACUAGGUUAAAAAGUGCAGGUUUUUUCAUACCACUAGUAGCACUUUUCUACACCUUGGACACCUUAUUCACCACGACCAGUCUGUUUUUAAUUACAUCCCUAGAAAAAAAAAAGAUCCUACAUUUUUUUUCUAGAAUAGUGCUGAUAGUUAUGUCCAGUAAUUAUACCUUUUUGUCACUUUUUUUUUUUCCUUUUAACUGCCUCCCUCAGGUAUCCCAUGUUCCUCCUCCUUUUUUCCCUUGUUCAUCUAAAAUAUUUAGGAUCAACCUCGACAGCUUGGAACACACAACUAUCUUAAUCAACCGCAUCUUAAACUGAUGCUUGUGUUUCAAUUAUGUUCCUCAGUUCAUGCACUUAGUUUUACAAUGAUGCGAGAAGCAGCCAGUAAAUGGUUGGAGAGAAAAAAAAAACACGGAAACUGGGGAACACCCGGUGUGUCGCAAUCUGAGGGAAGAACCUAAGAUGACGUCAUAGUGUUUUAAAAAAUGAAUGAGUGAAUGUGCGCUGGUGCGGAGCCCGUGUAGUUUCCACAUCUGACACGAUGAACAUCGGCAGCCCCAGCUCGGUGUCGCAGAGCUCCGCCGACUCCCAGGACUCGAGCGGAGCGCUCCAAUGGCUGACCCCGGUCGCCACGACGGCAGUGUCCCUGUCGCCGCUGGAGCUGCACGCCAUGUCGUUGAACGACAUCGACGCGUCUGGCGCCCCACGCCUGGAGAUCCGGGAGGAGCCGAUUGAAAAGUUCCGGUUCCGGUACAAGUCGGAGAUGCUGGGCACGCACGGCAGCAUCGUGGGCCGCAACUCGGAGAAGUACCGGAAGAAGACGUACCCCACCGUCGAACUGGUGAACUACCACGGGACGGCCAUCGUGCGCUGCUCGCUGUACACGGCCGAGCUGCGGCCCGAGAAGCGCUCGCUGCACACGCACCGCCUCGUCGUGAGGCAGGGCUCGGAGGACAAGGACGACCCUCACGACAUCCUCGUGUCCCCGGAGGUCGGCUACACGGCCGUGUUCCAAGGCAUGGGCAUCAUCCACACUGCCAAGAAACACGUCGUUGAUGAGCUCGUCAAAAAGAAGCGGUGCAGACUCAUAGAAAAAUACAGAGCUCAGAAUCGAGACAUAACGAUUCUGCCGACCAGAGAUGAUUGCACUAUCCGUGCGGAGGCUGAAGCCGAGGCCAAGAGGCUGAACCUGAACAGUGUGUCUCUGUGCUUCGAGGCGUUUGAGCAGGACUCGGCUGGCAACCUCCUGCCGCUGUGCGAGCCCGUGUUCUCCAGCUCCAUCAACAACAUGAAGAGCGCGCUGACGGGCGAGCUGAAGAUCUGUCGCAUCGACAGGCACGCCAGCAGCUGCGUUGGCGGUGACGAGGUCUUCAUUCUCGUCGAGAAGGUUGGAAAAAAAAACAUCAAAAUAAAAUUUUUUGAAGUGGACGACGAGGACAACGAAGUGUGGUGCGACUAUGGCAGGUUCUCAGAGCUAGACGUGCAUCAUCAGUAUGCCAUAGUGUUUCGAACCCCUCCGUAUCGUAACCUCGACAUAGAGACGCCGGUCGAUGUCUACAUACAACUGUAUCGACCGACUGAUGGUGACUGCAGCGAACCCAUCAAGUUCCAGUACAAGCCUGCUGAAAGGAUAGCGGGCAGACCGACCCGCAAGCGCCAGCGCUCGGCGGACACCCUGUCCCGGGAGAUGGAGAACAACGAGCUGAACAACUACCUGAGCCUGAGCAAGCUGAUGCCCGCCGCGCCGGACUCGGUCCUCACCGGCGGCCACGACCCGAUCCUGUCCAGCGGCUCGGGCGAGUUCGAGAAGCUGUGCAACGAGCCCGCCGAGCACCCGCUCAACUCGGCCGAGUUCCGCGAGUACCUGAGCAACCUGUCCUUCUCGGGCGAUCUGACCGCGUACUUGGCCAACGUGGGUCACUCGGAGGUGCACGACAUGGCCAUGGACAUAGCCCUGGACGGAGAGGCCAGCAAGCCGUCCGUCAAGCGGAACACCGGCAGGAAAGGGAAGUCCCACGGGGAAAAAGGCAGAAUACACGGAACCGCCAAGAAGCUGCCGAAAGUGGAUGAAGUGGACCAGACUAGACCGGAAGCGGGGGAAGAUUCGGAUGGCGAGAACCAUGGGAUGAACAAGGUGACGCAGAAGGUGGUGGAUGUGUUCGGAGCCAUGCUGAAGGGGAAGCCACUGGCCAGGGAAGUCACCGAGAGGAUCGCGGGCCAACUGCGCAAGAAGUCCAGCGAAGGAAUCGGGCCCCUCCACGUGGCGAUCGCGACGGGGAAUCUGGACCCGUUCAAGAUCAUGCUGAGCACACUGCAUGAGGACGAGCAGCCGACCAUAAUCAACGACCAGAACGAGAAUGGAGACACGCUGCUGCACGUGGCGGUGGCGUACAGCCGGCCGGCCCACGUGGCGGAGCUGCUGAGGCAGGGAGCCAACGCGAACAUCCUGAACUCCAGCCAGGAGAGCGUGCUGCACCUGGCCAUCAGGCAGGACAGUCUCGAGUGCCUGAGACAACUGCUGCUCCAGGAGAACUACCCCAUCGCCUCGAACCGCCCGGAGCUCGAUAAGCUCAACGACGACGGCGAGACGGCGCUGCACGUGGCGGCGCGCAGCAACAAGUUGGCAGCAGUGGAGCUGCUGGUGGGAGCGGGGGCCAGCGUCAACGUGCAGACGCAGAAGCAGGGCAACACGGCCUUGCACAUCGCCGUGGAGCAGGACAACCUGCAGAUGGUCAGGUUCCUGGUGCUCGAGGCGAAGGCGGAGAUCGACGCGAGGAACUUGGCCGGCAACACGCCGCUCCACAUCUCCUGCGUCGUGAACGACAGCGGCUCCGUCGACAUAUGUCGCUUCCUCAUGCAUAAUAACGCGGAUCCGUACCAGGCCAACUACAUAAUCGAGCACCAGAAGCAGAAGCAGCGGGAGGAGGAGGGGCAGGCGCAGGGCGACCCGGGGCCGUGCCCCCUGGAGCUGGUGGCUGUGAAGCAGGAGCCGCUGAGCGACGACGAGCUGCCGCCCUCUCCCGCUGACGACGAGGACCGUCGCUGGACGACCCAGGGGCAGACCUCCUUCGACCUUGCCUCCGACAAGAAGGAGAUCCUGGACCUGCUGCAGCGGGCAGAGCCCCCGGGCGCGAGGGCAGAGUCCCCGUCGUCGCUGGUCGUCGUGAAGCAGGAGCCCCAGGACCGUGCCCCCAGCCCCGUCCACGACGAUGAGAGAAAACUGCUCUUAGACGAGGAAACAAAUGAGAAGAUUUGUGCCAUUUUGGACUCCAAAGGCCUGUGGAAGAAGCUAGCAGAGCUGCUGGACUGCAGUUUCCUGGUUCCUUGCAUCGAGUCUUCCAAGAGUCCGGCCGCCACUCUGUUCAGCUACACAGGCAUCAACGGCCCGGCCGUGUCGGCGCACCAGCUGCGCGAGCACCUGGCCAGCCUGGGCGAGGAAGAAGGCGUGCUCGUCAUCGACGAGAUGUUUCUGAUCCGACGCGUCAAGGCCAACCUGGAGAAGACGAGCUAGCUCCUCCUGGCCCUUGCCCUGGCACGUCAUUUCUGAGUUACACGCACUUGCAGAUUUUUUUUUUUAUAGAUUUUUACCGUGCUGUGCACAUGACACAAAAUUCUGCUAUUUUAGAUGUGCUCCUCACUGCAGUAGUUUGUCCUCGUGAAACUUGUUGGUGAGCAAGUUUUAGACCCCAGUUGGCAUAAUAAGACUGAUGGUAUCUGCCAUGCUGGUAGUUAUAAUCACUUACGAACUUCAAAACACACCUCUCGCACCUGACUCUAGUGUGACAUCAUAACCAUGAAGUAAAUACACCUGUUUCCCUUCUUCAGCUAAUCGUCCAAAGUUUCUGUUCGAAGCAACUAAAUGUUUGUAGUAAAUAUUUCAAUGUGAGAUGUGUUACUAUGUACUGUUUUUUUAUAUUAUACCAUGUUUUAUCGCAUAAUUGUCAUCGCACAGUUAUUUUAGAGCGUCAAAAUUUGGAGGGGAAAAAAAUUCUCACAUAAAUGUCAAAUGAGGUUUUUGUCCCGCUAUUAGAUUCAGAGCGCUUUUAAAGUUAAAAUCUAAUAUUUAUUCGGAUAUUACCAAUCACUUGCUUAAUUAACAGAGCUAUUAAGUUGUCUGAUGUGUAAAUGUUCUUUUAAAGAUGUUUUAAAGUGUUUUAACCUUUAUCUGUUUGUCUUCGUCACCGCUGUGUACCACUUAUAAAAAUGUAGCCAGCGCUAGUUGGCAUCAUUCACGUUUGGUUUUGUUGAUUCCCGUAUAGAGUGUGCGCACGUAGUCGAAUAUCGAUAUUGAUAGCUCGCCAUUUGCAUGGAAUGCAGGCUGUCUGUCUAGUGCUGAAUUAACUACUUUUAAUAGCCCGCACGUUUUCGUGGUUAGUGUCUACUACGACGAUAGUUAUGCGUUAGUUCCGGCUCACGUUCGGGUCACGGUUUUUGUUUUUCUAUUUAAAGUCGCAUAUAAUGUUUUUUUUUGUUUUUUUUUUUAGAAUUAAAUUUUGGGCUUUGUAAACUUUACUUUUUAAAUGAAUGUACUUUCCAUGAAUAGGUUUUGUUUUUUAUGAAUAACUUUACCUAACAAAAAUAGAUUUUUUUUUACAUAGAAGUCGCAAACGUGAUUUUAGUAUAAAACUUAAUUUUAGUAUAAGAUGUGCGAUGAUUAUGCGAUAAAACACGGUACCUUUGCAGAUUAUUAAUGAAUUAGUUAGUCAAUGGUAUUCAUGUUGAUCUCACAUGGUCUCGCAAAAGGUAAAACUGCAGCUACCAGUCCUUUGAAAGAUCUGAAAGGCUGUUAAUUCUAAAGAACAAUGAACCCAUCAUUUUUCGUACAUGAGCAUAAUGGCUCCAAACACCUCUUUGUAACAUAUUUUAUAUAAAGACAAAUUUUAUGGUUAUAUUUAUUGCUCAAUUCCAUUUUUAAAUUGGAAGAUUUUUAUGUGACUGGUAUUAUUUUUAUAUAUACUGUUUAUUUUGUGAAGCUAAUACAAUAUUAAAUAAACAAGAUGAUUUAAUGUUGGUUAAUACUUUCUUCCAAAAAAAAUAGGUAUUAUCUAUAGUUAUAGAUAGGGCCUGGAAAAUUUAGGUGUUUUCAGUAUGCAAAAAGCGGUACUUUCAAAUUAGAAAAGCGGUGGUUUAAAGUCGGUAUUUUCGUUAUGCAAUGGAAAUUUUACCGGUAUUUUAAAUGUUGACUAAAUUGUGCAGUUAUUGAAUAUAAUAGUUUACAUAUUUAAUAAACAAUCCAUGUAUACUAGGAAUAGACUAAUAUGAAUAAUAACAGCCAAUUAAAUCCAAAACAGUUACACAAAACAGACACGUUGCUAUAGAUGUUUGCAACUACAAAUUUUCUUUUUUUUUUUAUGGCUGCCAAUGCCACAUGCUUAGCCGAAUUUAGGUGUUUGUCAAUGGAAUCUUUUCUAUCCCAUAAAACUUUACAGUUGCAAAAUUUGCACAUUACUGUGCUAUUGUCAGUACAAUAAAACCCAUGUUUCUGAUACUGAUAUGCUCGUAUUUAAUGGAGUGGAGGAACACGGGGUUGCCACUUGAACAAACCCCAGCGCACAAAUGAGAAGAAACUUAGUGUGAACUAUACCCCAGAUCAAUUUUUAGCAUCAAAACCAUACAUGAACACGGAUUAUGUAAAAAUAAGGUAAUUAUGCUGAAACACAAGACUUGGGUUAAAGGAUACUUUAACCUUGUGUGGAUCAGGUAGAAAACAUUCGGCUAUAAACGAAAGAAAUAAGAACAAUGCUAUCCUGAAAUGCUGUGACAUGUUUUUGGAGUAGAUAAUCACAGCGACAGACCGACAGGAUGCGCUCCCGCCCUUGCCGCCAGCGAUGUUUAUUUUGACAGCUCAAGCAAUUAUCUUUUCCACGUUCCUUAUCAGCGUAAAAAAAAAAAAAACCCACGCUGACAGUUUCUCACGCAGAAGGUUGAAAUAAGGGAGGGAAUGUGUUGAAAUGUUAGUUGUAAAAGGAGGGGGGGGGGGGAUUGUUUUUACAUGGUUUGUGGCUCUGGGAGGGAUGAGCCUUGAAGAGUUAGCAGGGGAUGGGAGAGGCAAGCGUCGCAUCACGUCACGUAUGACGUCAAGCCACCGGGCGGGUAAGAUAACAUGACAGCUGAGAUGGCUUUUCGUGUGAUAGUGGACACGCCGAGCGCGGCUAGACACUGCCCCGUGGACAGUCUAGAGGGGUGGUAUCUAUUUUUAGACGUCUUUUGUUUGCCUGCCUGCUUACAGUACAGCUCUCGCCAAGAUAAACGUGAACACACAGCGCCCAACAAAGUGUAACAGACUUGUUUUUCAGCCGAUUUUACUCAAAUUUUCGACUUUCUCUGCUCAAAUUUUUCACGGUUCCUCAAAAAAACGGUCAUAUAAACGGAAUGGACGCAUCAGAGGGGGGUCGCAUCGGCGGGAUUCUACUGUAAUGGUACUUUUCGGGGAUAUAUUCGCAGUGUAAUAUAGAAAUGUUGUGGUUUUCGCGAAUGUACUUACUUUUCGCGUUUUCAUGCGAAAUUCGCACGAAUUUUCGCAAAAUUCGCGAUCGCGAAAAAUUCCAGGCCCUAGUUAUAGAUAGUGCUACAAGCCAUGUUUUACAAGGAACCAAAAUUUAAUUUGCAAACAUUUGUGUGUUCCAAGUACAAGUCAGAAACUGUAAGGUAAUAAAUGAGCUAAGGAGAGGUUGAAUUGAAUAAAAUAUUUAGGAUUUGUUAGUAACGACAUGGUAAAAUAAACACAUGCAUUAUAAUUUAUUUAAAUAAACUUUUUAGUGUUUUAGGUAAAAUUUAGUGUAAAUUAUGUGUUAUUUUACAAAUUGACCAGCAUUUUGCUGGUAAAUCAUGUAUGUAUUUAGUUGCAUUUCGGUGUUAUUUUGGUUUUUGGUUCUAUCAUAAUUCACCAUAAAAUUUUAUGGCUAAUUGAUUAGCCAAUUUUGAACUGGACCAAGCUUUAACCAGCAAGUUGUGAGAUCUUGGUACCAAUAGCUUACAGUUUCCCAUCUGCUAGCACCAAAAAUUCAGAGUUAUGAUGUUCAGCCAAUGAGGAAGCAUUUUGCCAUAAUGUGUAAACGGCUGCUGAAAUUUUUAGUUGUAAAUUUCAUUAAAAAAUAGGAUGUCUACUUACAAAAUACAUAUGAAUUAAAAAGUGGUUUUCAGUUGCGACCAACUUUGUCAUUGCAUGUUACCCAUUAUUUAUACUCAGGUUGAGAAAAUUGUAGUAUGGUAAGUUGAUUUUAUGUAACUAUUUUGUACAAAUAUAUAAAAAAAACUAUCAUUGAAUGUUAAA